GUCGUCAUCACGCUGCGACAACGCCUUCUCCACUGGCCAUGUGAGAUGAGCAUUGCAGGAAUAUAAACCGUCCAGUUUACUGAGAACUAGAGAAAUUGUGAUUAAAUGCCUUCCAGAAGCUGUUUGAAUUCUGUAAUACACUAAUAAGAGAGAUGGUGGAAAAGAUGGGAGCAAAAGGUCAAAGGCAUUUUGGAGAAAAAGGGCAGAAGAAGAUGAAAAAGAAGCCUGAUCAGAGUAAAGGAGGAGAACGAGGACGAGGAAGCAGCUUCCAUGGUGAGGAAGGAGGAAGGAGGAAGCGUCUGGAUGCGAUGACCGUGGGCUAUUUUCGCAGAGUGAGUGAGAGAUUGAGCGAAGGGUUUGCUGAUGAUGAGGAGCGAGCUCUGUUUGUUGAAAACGUUCUCUCAGAGGUGAAGGGAAAAGCUGGCCUCGUCUCCACAGACAUGACGGGCAGUCUGGCCCUCCAGAAGCUCCUGUCACAGGCCAGCCCCAGUCAGGUGGCAGAGGUUAUGGUCGAACUAGGCGGAGAGACGGGGUCAGAGUUUAAAUCUGUUUCGUGUGACAGAUGUGGCGGUCAUGUGAUUGAAACUGGUAUCAAGCAGAUGGCUAAGUGGACAGACGGCCCCUCUGAAGAGGACAGCAAGUCCGAAAAUAAACAAGAAGAACCAGAAGGCGCGAGAAGCGGGACCCUGGAGGAUCAGGUGCUAAGUCUGUGCCGAGUCGUGAGAGAGAACGUGGUAGACCUGAUGAAAGACGCUCACGGGUCUCAUGUGCUCCGGACGCUUAUACACGUGCUCGCGGGAUGUUCGACCCAAGAGCAGCCAGACGCACGUCCAGUUAAAAAGCAGAAGAAAGCUGAACCAGAGCUGACCGACUUUGAGGCACCGACGUCAUUCUGGUGGGAGCUCAAGUACCUUUCAGAGUCUCUGAUGGAAAAAGUUAACGUCUGUGCCACCAAUCCCACUGCCAGCGCUGUGCUCCAGACCCUACUGACCGUCUGCCACAGGAAGAGACCCAUUCUGGGCAAAAAGCUCAACAAGGGCAUCAUGGAAUACUUGACAUCACUUAGCUCAGCUCCUGGAGUCAGCCCCCUCUUGGUGUUUCUAAAGGAUCAGUCGUGCAGUCGUCUCAUCCAGACAGUGUUCCAGUUCUCCCAUAAAGCUUUGCUUCGAGACACCUACAAGAACCACCUGAAGAACCAGCUCAUGCCUCUCGCUCUCCAUCCGUUUGCAAACUACACCAUCCAGUCUUUAAUCGCAGCCUCGGUCAAGUAUAAAGUGUUCCUGAAGGUGUUUGAUGAGCUGGCACUCGGGUUCGAGGCGAUCCUGGCAGCGGGGCACAUGGGGGUCAUAGUGCAGCUGGUGGAGAGCUGCGUAGACCGAGAAGAGAAGCAGCCUGACAUGCUAAAGCUCCUCCUAGAGGCGUUUCACUGCAGCGAGCCGUUCACACGCCACCUCUCCUGUCUCCCCCUCUUCCUGUCCUUACUCACAUUCGAGGUGUACUACAACACGGAGGCAGCAGAGGGCGACGCUGUUCCUCAGCGCCCCCUCUCGAUCUGCUACCACGGCUCGCUCCUGGUCCAAGCGCUGGCCCGCUUUAAAGACCGCUCCAUCCUGAUGAACAGCCUGCACAACCUGAGCACAGCCGAGCUCCUGAGCCUGGGGACGGACCAGAGGGGCAGCCAUGCCUUCCAGGCCCUCAUCACGCUCUCCAGCGACAAAGGCAAAGGAAAGAUCCUGAGGAAGCUGGAGGGGAUCUAUACUCAGCUGGCCUGCUCCAAAUACGGCAGUCGGCUGUUGGAGGCCGUGUGGAGCAGCGCCACCAUCAGUCAGAGGCAGAGCAUUGCAGAGCAGCUGGUCCCCAGCGAGCCUCAGCUGCGCUCGGAUCAGUUUGCGCGUCACGUCUGGGCGAAAUUCGGCCUGACGCACUUCCAGAAGAGACGCGGUGCCUGGAUGGAGCUUCAGACGGGAGAAUCGAAAAAGAGAAAGAUGUUCAGUGACAUUCUGGAGUAACUGCUUUGAACUGGUACUUUUUUUUUUUCAGGGCUUAAACAAGUGUUAAAUCACCUCCUGUGGACCGAAAUCCUACACCGUUAACACCGCUCCGACAGAGUUACAGUUAAUCCUCUGGUAUUUGAUUUGGUCAGAUGUUAACGCUUGAGCUUUUUCUGUGUCGGUGACGUGUACAAAUAAAACCGUGCGCUUUUCUACUCUCUGCAGUUGCUCUGUCGUCUAAAAUAUCAAGAUACAUGAAGAAUUUUCAUGACAGCAUGACGUGUUUAAGGCAACAGGGCCAUAUGUAACAGGGAUAUAAUCUGAUGUUAAAACAAUUGAUUGAUUAAGGAUAGAUUUUAUUAAUCAAUAAACUAUUUUUGGAUAAAUGGAA